AUGAAGUCCGUCACACUCGCAACCUUGGCUGCCUCUCUCGCCCUCAUCACCCCAGCCACUGCAACCUGCGACCCCAGCACCCUCAACACAACAACCUACUACUACCCCAUCACCGAAGCCAACACGACCGUCUUCGACGUCGCGCGCAUCACAAAGCGCGGCGUCUGCGACAUCAGCCGUCAAAACCCCAUGGCGGGUUGCAAAAAUGGCGCAAAUUUUUUACUCGUCGAUCGUUUUAGAAGCAUUGGUUAA